CCGUUUGGCCCGAGCCUCUGCAGCGAUGGCGGUGACGGCCACCCCUCCGCAGCACCCGCCCGAUGGGCGGCAGCGCCCCAGCUUCCUGCGGCCCGCCUUCGACACGACGCCAGCGCCAGCUGCCGCGCUGGCGCCCGCCGACGCCGCACCCGCCCCAGAGAUGCCGGAGGUGCCGGCGCUGGCGAUGGCGUCGCCGUCGGACCGGGGGCAUCGGCCGGCGCGACGGCGCCUGCAGGCCAGCGAUCGCGGGCGCUGAGCAAGGGCUACGUCAGCAUCUCCGAGGUGGAGUCCACCAUGCGGCUGAACGCCUCCCUCGAGGAGAACAACUCCCAGCUGGAGGCGGAGAUUGCGGAGUGCCUGAGGCUGAACCUCCAGUUGAGAGACAAUAUAGUCCGCAUGGAGGCGAUGCUGGGCAUCGAGGCCGCUGUGGAGCCGAGGACGUCGUCUGAGCGGGGCGACGCCUGCGAGGGCGUGGGCUCCGAGGGGGACGACGUCGGCUCCGACGUCGGCUCCGACGACGACGGCGCCUCCCCCAGGUGA